ACUAAUGUGAGUGUUGAAGUAUCCCACCGAGCCUAGAAAUAAGAAGAACACUUUCCCAAAUGGAUCCCCGUGGAAUUAAGCUCUUGGUGUUUUCUUAUGUAUUUAUUAGCUUUAUAUUUAUUACACUGCAAACUAAAGAAGAGGUGCUGUUGGAUAUGAGGGCAUCAGGGAGUGAGCUAGGCUGGCUGACCGGGCCAUAUGAACAAGGAGAAAAGCAAGGGUGGGAGGUGGUCCAGAGGAGUCUCAACGGCUCACAGUUCUAUACCUACUCGGUGUGUAACGUGGGCGAGCGUGAGCAGAACAACUGGCUGCGCACCACCUUUAUCCAGCGCCGCCCGUCAGCCUCUCGAGUUUUCGUGGAGCUGCAGUUCAUCGUGCGUGACUGCAACUCGUUCGACGGCUCAUCGCUUACCUGCAAGGAGACCUUCAACCUGUUCUCCUCCGAGUCGGACGCUGAUAUCGGCACCAACUUCCGCAAGGGCCAGUUCAAGAAGGUGGCAACCAUCGCACCUGACGAGAUCACCAGCCGCAAUGAGCUGCACAUCAACACAGAGACGCGGGUGGUGGAGAGCCUCACCAGGAAAGGCUUCUACCUUGCCUUCCAAGACAUCGGGGCAUGUGUGGCGCUGCUCUCUGUCAAGGUCUACUACAAGACCUGCCCGGCCACUGUCAAAAGCCUGGCAGCCUUCCCCGAAACAGUGGCAGGGGGGGGGGAGAACCAGGCCCUGAGGGAGGUGGUGGGGGCCUGCGUAGAGAAUGCGGUGAGCGAGGAGACGCCCCGCAUCUACUGCACGGUGGAUGGAGAGUGGGUGGUGCCCGUCGGACAGUGCCAAUGCAGGCCCGGCUACGAGGCCGUCAACGGCACAUGCCGAGAGUGUCAGCCAGGCUUCUUCAAAGCCUUCGUGCCCAGCGACGCGUGCGAACUGUGUCCUGCUAACACCCAGCUGCUGGGCUCUGGGGCGCUGCUCUGCCCAUGUGCAGAAGGCUUCUACCGCGCUCCCGACGACCUGGUAACAGGGCCCUGCUCAGGCCUGCCCUCAGCGCCGCAAGAACUGGUCGCCACGACCACCCAGCUGGCCGCGGGCAAGCUGCAUCUGUCAUGGAGCCCGCCGGAGGACACGGGCGGCCGCAGUGACAUCACCUACAGUGUGGAGUGCAGAUGCUGUGACGGCGCUGCGUGCCAGCCAUGCGGGGAGAAGGUGCGCCUCGAGCCAGCCAGCUUGGGCCUGAUGCACACCUGGGUGGCGGUGAGCGAACUGGAGCCCCACCUCAACUACACUUUCACCGUGGAGGCCCACAGCGGAGUGUCGCUGUUCGCCAGCCAGGGGGCACCGCGCUCCAACAGGCCCCCGUCCACAAGCACAUUGACCACUGCCCUGCACUACACAGACCCCCCCAAGGUGACGUCCGUGCGUCUGGUCGAGCGAAGCCCCACCAGCCUUUCCCUGUCCUGGGCUGUAGCCCCCCGCAGGCCCCUGCCCCGGCCCACCCGCUACGAACUCAGCUACCGCAAGAAGGAUGACAAUCUGGAUGUGACCACGUACACUGUUCUGAUUCUGGAGAAGAGCUCUGUGCAGAUCAGUGAAUUGUCCCCAGCCACAGCCUACCUAUUCAGGGUCAAGGCCCUGAGCCCCGAGGGCAGCCCUGGAGGAUCCAUGGAGGAUGAAUUUGAGACCCUGCCUGAUAUGCCCCAGAGCAACACGGCGGUCAUCUUCGGAGCGGCAGUUGGCGGAGCGGCCAUGUUGUUCAUUGUGGUGGUCGUCCUGCUCGUACGCAAACGGAGAAGGAACUCCCAUACAAGACAAGAACCAGAAGAUACUUACUUCUCUAGCUCAGAGCAACUGAAGCCGCUGAAGACUUAUGUGGAUCCGCACACGUACGAGGACCCCAACACAGCCAUCCUCAAGUUUGCCAGUGAGAUCCAUCCCAGCCACGUGACCAAGCAGAAAGUCAUUGGAGCUGGGGAAUUUGGAGAGGUGUUUCGCGGUAUUUUGAAAGCGCCAGGGCGGAAGGAGGUGGCGGUGGCCAUUAAGACGCUGAAGCCGGGGUACUCGGAGAAGCAGAGGCAGGACUUCCUUUCAGAGGCAAGCAUCAUGGGACAGUUCUCCCACCAGAACAUUAUUCGCCUGGAGGGAGUCGUCACCAAAUUCAAGCAUGCCAUGAUUGUGACUGAGUAUAUGGAGAACGGAGCACUGGACAAGUACCUAAAGGAUCACGAUGGUGAGUUGCCCUCCUUCCAGCUGGUGGGCAUGAUGCGUGGCAUCGCCACAGGCAUGAAGUAUCUUUCUGACAUGAGCUACGUUCACCGUGAUCUGGCUGCCCGCAACAUCCUGGUCAACAACAACCUGGAGUGUAAGGUGUCUGACUUCGGCUUGUCCCGAGUGCUGGAGGACGACCCUGAGGGCACCUACACCACCAGUGGUGGUAAGAUCCCCAUCCGCUGGACAGCCCCAGAGGCCAUUGCCUACAGGAAGUUCACCUCGGCCAGCGACGUGUGGAGCUUCGGCAUUGUCAUGUGGGAGGUCAUGGCCUUUGGCGAGCGGCCCUAUUGGGACAUGAGCAACUGCGAGGUAAUGAAGGCCAUCAACGAGGCGUUCAGGCUGCCGGCGCCCAUGGACUGCCCAUCAACCGUCUACCAGCUCAUGUUGCAGUGCUGGCUGCAGGAACGCUCGAAGAGGCCCCGUUUCCCGGACAUUGUCAGCCUGCUGGACAAGUUGCUCAGGAGCCCUGAGUCCCUGAAGGCAAUCGCAGAUUUCGACCCCCGCGUAUCCAUCCGCCUGCCCAGCACCAGUGGUUCGGACGGCUCACCCUUCAGGUCGGUGUCCGAGUGGCUGGAGUCCAUCAAGAUGAGCCAGUACAGCGAGAACUUCACCUGUGCCGGAGUGUUCACCAUGGACCAGGUGCUGCAGAUGAAGAACGAGGAUAUCAAGAACAUUGGCGUAAGACUGCCCGGCCACCUGAAGAGAAUUGCAUAUAGCAUCCUGGGCUUGAAAGACCAGACCAGCACCCUGAGUGUAUUUGCAGUGUGACUCAAUACUAGUGGUACAUGAAUUUGAAUCGGCACUAAAGCGGGCAACACUCUGACUGAAUUUUGAACUCUGUGUUGGGCUGGACUGGAGCGGAGCUGCGGGAACGGCUUUGGACAGGCAGAACCAAACUGAACAUGACGUAGGAACAUGGUCCAGCCAAAAGAGACUGACAUAUUGUACAUUUUUGGAGAUUUGUAACAGACUUGUUAAGUGAUUACUAAUAUUUUUGAAUUUAUACAGCAAUAGAUGUAUUAAUUAGACUGUAUAUAUUAUACUGUAUAUAGUUUUUAUUAUCCAUCUCCAUUGUACAGAUACAGUUCAUUGCUCAAUCUUUGUUUUAUAUAUUUUUGGGAUGCAUGCUUCCAUCUCUAGCACCCAAUAUUGAGAAGAGAAAAUGAAAAUAAGUGACACAACCACUUAUACUUAGUUCAACCAAUAUGAAUCUUUGUGUGACGUGGACUGCUGUGUCCUUUUCGGAAUGAGUCUGGUGUUGCCGAUGCCAUUGCAAUUCACUGAGUGAAAUGCAUUCUGGUCGGCGUAAUCUCUUGCUAAACUAAUGAAAAUGCACUCGAAGCAGAGAGUGGACCUGAAAGGGUCUGGCCAUAGGUUAACAUGGGGCACUGGUGUAUGCCAGUCUUGAGGUUAUUGUCUUAAAGUCCAGGUUUAGCUGUUGUUGGCUACUGUUAUGCCUUAUGUGGGCUUGAUUCAGAUGUUAAGCUAUUAAAUGAAUUUGAGUUUAUAUAAAAACAGUGUGAAAAGAUAUGAGGUACUCAUCAUGUUCAGUUUAACGGGCUGUAAAGGCUUGUAUUUAACGAUUGUAACAAAGAACAUCACUUACAGUGCCUUCGGAAAGUAUUCAGACCCUUUGACUUUUUCCACAUUUUGUUACUUUACAGCCUUAUUCUAAAAUUGAUAAAAAUAUACAACAAUCUACACACAAUACGCCAUAAUGACAAAACGAAAACCCUUUGGAAACAGGAUGCACCAGAGUUAAAUUUCGAGUCUCAUAAGACCCUGCCUUUCUAAGGUCUUUGAAAGCCAAGUUAACAGAUUACCGACCAUUUCGAAUCUCACCGUCCCUUCUCCGCUAUGCAAUCUUGUUUCAGAGCUGGUCAUGGGUGCACCUCAGCCACGCUCAAGGUCCUAAACGAUAUCAUAACCGCCAUCGAUAAGAGACAUUACUGUGCAGCCGUAUUCAUCGACCUGGCCAAGGCUUUCGACUCUGUCAAUCACAACAUUCUUACUUCUCCGAUAGAGUUCAGUGUGUCAAAUCGGAGGGCCUGUUGUCCGGACCUCGGGCAGUCUCUAUGGGGGUGCCACAGGGUUCAAUUCUCGGGCCGACUCUCUUCUCUGUAUACAUCAAUGAUGUCGCUCUCGCUGCUGGUGAUUCUCUGAUCCACCUCUACGCAGACGACACCAUUCUGUAUACCUCUGGCCCUUCUUUGGACACUGUGUUAACUAACCUCCAGAUGAGCUUCAAUGCCAUACAACUCUCCUUCCGUGGCCUCCAACUGCUCUUAAAUGCAAGUAAAACUAAAUGCAUGCUCUUCAACCGUUUGCUGCCCGCACCUGCCCGCCCGUCCAGCAUCACUACUCUGGACGGUUCUGACUUAGAAUAUGUGGACAACUACAAAUACCUAGGUGUCUGUUUAGACUGUAAACUCUCCUUCCAGACUCACAUUAAACAUCUCCAAUCCAAAAUAAAAUCUAGAAUCGGCUUCCUAUUUCGCAAAAAAGCAUCCUUCACUCAUGCUGCCAAACAUACCCUCGUAAAACUGACCAUCCUACCGAUCCUCGACUUCGGCGAUGUCAUUUACAAAAUAGUCUCCAAUACUCUACUCAAAAAAUUAGAUAGUCUAUCACAGUGCCAUCCGUUUUGUUACCAAAGCCCCAUAUACUACACACCACUGUGACCUGUAUGCUCUCGUUGGCUGGCCCUCGCUUCAUACUCGUCGCCAAACCCACUGGCUCCAGGUCAUCUACAAGUCUCUGCUAGGUAAAGCCGCCUUAUCUCAGCUCACUGGUCACCAUAGCAGCACCCACCCGUAGCACGCGCUCCAGCAAGUAUAUCUCACUGGUCACCCAGUAAGUACAGAGACUUUUGAUGAAAACCUGCUCCAGGACAACAACCCUAAGCACACAGCCAAGACAACGCAGGAGUGGCUUCGGGGCAAGUCUCUGAAUGUCUUUGAGUGGCCCAGCCAGAGCUAGAACUUGAAACCGAUCUAAACAUCUUUGGAGAGACCUGAAAAUAGCUGUCCAGCAUCGCUCCCCAUCCAACCUGACAGAUCUUGAGAGGAUCUGCAGAGAGGAAUGAGAGAAACUCUCCAAAUACAGGUGUGCCAAGCUUGUGGAGUCAAAUCUAAGACUCGAGGCUGUAUUCGCUGCCAAAGGUGCUUCAACAAUGUACUGAAUAAAGGGUCUGAAUACUUAUGUAAAUGUAGUAUUACAUUAUUGUUUUUUAUACAUUUGAAAUAAAUUAUAUUUUAUUUGUCAUUAUGGGGUAUUGUGCUUAGAUUAAUGAUGAAAAAACGAUUUAAUCAAUUUUAGAAAAAGGUUGAUUCGUAACAAAACGUCAAGGGGUCUGAAUACUGUCCGAAUGCACUGUAUAUUGUAGCACUUAAAUAAGUAACAAUUGGGUUAAGUUGUCUCACCUAAAAUAUCUAACUUGCAUUUUUUAUUGUCAUUAUGCCAUAGGAAGAUCACAUUUGAAAUAAAAUGAUGCAGAAAGAAUUAUAUUAAUAAUGAUGAAUUUAAUUUGGAAAGGUAUUGCCGAGCUUCAAGUCAGGAAUACAUUGAGUGUGUGCCUUUUUUUCAAAGUUAGUUGAAAAUACAAAUGCCUAAAAAAGUAACAUUUCGGAGGGUUAGAAAUGCUUUUUGAGAUUUCAGACAGUGUAAUGUGUAGUUUGAUAUGCAAUUUCAAUGUGGCAGUAAAGUAGUAUUUUCUUUUUUUUUUAAAUCAAAAAUGAUAUUGAGGUUUGGAAUUAUUAUUGGUCUAUUAACUAGUUAACUGACCUUGUGAUGUCACCAGGCAGGCCAUAACUCCAUCCCACCAGACCAGACAAAAAUUUCAGGCGGUCUUUUCAAACAGCUCUUACACUAAAUGGGCAUUAUCAUUUUCAAUGUCAUAGUAUUAUUCCAACCACAUAGUGUGGAAACAUACACUGAGGAUACCAAACAUUAGGAACACCUUCCUAAUAUUGAGUUGAACCCCCCCCUUUUCCUUCAGAACAGCCUCAAUUCGUCGGGGCAUGGAUUCUACAAGGUGUUGAAAGCGUUCCACAGGUUUGAUGGCCCAUGUUGACUCCAAUGCUUCCCACAGUUGUGUCAAGUUGGCUGGAUGUCCUUUGGGUGGUGGGCCAUUCUUGAUACACAGGAAACUAUUGAGUGUGAAAAACCCAGCGUUGUUGCCAUUUUGACAGACCAGUGCGUCUGGCACCUACCAUAACCAGUUCAAAGCCAGUUAAAUAUUUUGUCUUGCCCAUGCACCUUCUGAAUGGCACACAUACACAAUCCAUGUCUCAAGGUUUAAAAAUCCUUCUUUACCUGUCUCCUCCCCUUUAUCUAGAUUUAACAAGUGACAUCAAUAAGGGAUCAUUGAUCACCUGGUCAGUCUAUGACAUGGAAAGAGCAGGUGUUCUUAAUGUUUUCUCAGUGUAUAUAAAAAACAGGAAAAUUACAUUUUUGACUACUGGUUCUUUAAGCAGACAAAUUAGCAGUUUCUUGAUUAUAAAGUAAACUACAUUUUAUACUUUAUUGAACAGUCUAUUUUUUUACUUUUAUUUAUUGUCCUUUUUACACUGAGCUGGGAUUUAUUUGUAAUUGAAAGUUGUUUUUCAGUCUCAAUAAACUAUUGCCUUUCAUU